AUGCAAUAUUAUGGACAAUUCAGGGCCCCCGGUGAACCUGUAGCAAUUGAGACUUCAUUAGGUUACAUAAUAGUCGGCCAGGCACCGGUAUUAGCUCCCUCGAUAGAUAAUUCAUACUAUACACAUUGCACCUUUGGUGAGGACAAUUUGGAUAAUGAGAAUAAUGUUUGUAUUGGUAAUUUUUUGAAAUUAGAGGAUAUUCCAGACGUCAAGCCAUACACGGAACAGGAAGAGGAGUGUGAAAGCGUUUAUAGACAAACGACUACUCGUGAUAGCUUAGGUCGUUACAUUGUCUCGUUACCAUUCAAAGAUACUCCUAGUAAGCUGGGUGACUCAUUACAGGCAUCAAUGCGUAGAUAUCUUUCAUUGGAACGUAAGCUGCUAUUGCAACCCGAAAUGAGACAAGAAUACGAUAAAGUCAUUAAGGACUAUUUAGAAAAGGGAUAUUUAAACCCAUGUUCUAGAAAUAUAAAUGAGUCCUCACUCCAGUAUGUUAUUCCCCAUCACGGCAUCGUUCGAAAAGAUAAAAGUAAAACAAAAUUACGGGUAGUAUUGGAUGGCAGUAUGAAAUCAUCAUCGGGACUGGCACUGAAUGAUAUAUUACAAGUCGGACCGAAUUUGCAAAACGACCUUUUUAGAAUAAUUUUAAAUUUCAGACUUUUGAAUGUAGCGGUUAGUGCCGACAUUAGGCAAAUGUACUUGAGGAUUUUAGUAAAGGACGAAGAUAGGAAAUUCCUGAGCAUGUUGUAUCGCUUUGAUCCAAGCGAGGAGAUAAAACUUUAUGAAUUCACACGUGUGCCAUUCGGUUUGUGUUGUAUUCCGUUCCUUGCGAUCAGGACUGUGCGCCAGUCAGUGACGGACGAGGGAUCACAAUUUCCUCUCGCGGCUCCAGUAGCUGACAGUGACGUUUUCACUGACAAUUUGGCUAUUUCCUGUGCGAAUGAAGAAACAGCUGUCGAACUUUCUAAUCAACUUAUUAAAAUGUUUCAUGCUGGUGGUUUUGAUUUGGUAAAGUUUUCAAGUAACUCACCAGAGGUUCUUUCUAAGAUACCCUCUUCACAUAGAGAAUUCGAAGUUAUAGAAUUUAGUCCAGAUAGCUAUUUAAAAAUACUGGGACUAAACUGGCUUCCAGCCAAAGACGUAUUCACAUUCACAGUAAAUUUACGGAACCGCGAAUGUACUAAAAGAAAUAUUUUAUCAGUUAUAGCAAGAAUUUGGGACUUAAUGGGAUUCGUAGCUCCUGUUACACUAUGGGCCAAGCUCAUCAUUAAGUCACUAUGGGCUAAUAAUAUAGAUUGGGAUGAAACUCCUCACCCUGAAAUUGUAGCAGCUUGGCAUCGAUUCGUGUCUGAGUUGCCAAUAUUGGAAAAUGUUAGAAUACCACGACAUACUGGCAUUGUUAUGGAGUGCAUAGUUAGUUUAUUGGAAUUUGCUGAUGCAUCUGAAAAGGCCUAUGGAGGUGUCGUUUAUUUUUACAUGUUUAUUUUCCACAAACAAAUAAGUUCACUAUACGCUUGUUUGUGCCAAAUCCAGAGUGGCGCCGUUACGAUGCGUGUCAUUGGCAAGACUCGAAUUAUGCGGUGGCCGAAACGAAUAUCAUCAAGGCCGUACAGCGAGUUCACUUUGAUAAAGAACUUAAGAAUGUGGAGUCUGGCAAAAUAUUACCGCCUGCAUUUCAACGGCUCAGAGCCUUUGUUCACGAAGGUAUCUUUCGUGUUGGCGGGCGAUUGGAGAAUGCUCACUUGGAAUUUGAUAGUCAGCACCCUAUUUUACUUCCCGCUCGUGACCAUGUAG